AUGCGUCUAUUUGACGUCCUACCACCACUACAACCACUACCAUCAAAAACAGAAGAAAUUUCAAAAAAUCCAAAUUUUUUAAAUUUCCAACUGGCUGGAUUAAUAAUUUUAGCUUUAUUUACUUGUUUUUGUAUUUGUGCAAAUUUGAUCACUUUUAUUCUUUUAAUAUUAUGUAGGCCUUUACAAAGGUCUUCGAGAACUACAAAUUUGUACGUUAUAAGUUUGUGUUUGGCUGAUUUGGGUGUUGGGGGUGUUGUGAUGCCUUUAAUGCUGUUUUAUGAAUGGGGAAUAACCUUCCCUCCCUGGCUCUGUCAAUUUUGGCAAUUAGCCGACGUUUUAUUCUGUACAGAAUCUUUAUAUUCCAUUUGCGCAAUUGCUCUAGACCGUGUUUGGAAUUUAGAACAACCUUUACGUGUGUUUACAAGCAGCAGACGGCGGGCAAAAAGAUUAAUGUUGUUUGUUUGGUUAUUGCCUUUAAUUGUUUGGAUGCCUGUUUAUUUUCUUCUAGUCUUUCCAACUCAAAGAAUAUUCCAACCAGAAGAACAACAAUUACCCCCAGACUUUCAUUGUUUUCCUUCUCGUCAAGUUGCAACACAAGUUUUUUGGGUAGCGCUGCCUGCUUUAUAUUUACCAGCAAUUUUUCUGAUUUGUUUAUUUCUUCGAAUUUCUUUUGUUGUUCAUCGCCAUUUAAAAUUUUUGAGGGAACACUCGUCCCUUCCACAUUUGGGGCCUCAACCUCCCACUCCUUCAAUUACUGUUCAACAACCACAACCUUUAUUAUCUCCAACUCGAAACAAUUUUCAAUACGAAAAUGAUUUUAAUAAAAAUGAAAGAAAUGAAAUUAAUAAUAAUAAAAUUAUUGGAAAAAGAGCCUCAGUUUGUGCGACUUCAAAAAUAAUUUCUGUUGAUAAAACUGUUCUCAGAAAAGUUUCUCUUCCACAAUGGCGUAAAUCUUCAAUUUCUGUUCAAAAGAAAAAUGAAGGGGAUAAAGUGAAGACAACACUAACAGUGAUUGUAGAUGAAGGAGACACUGAAUUGAACAAAGAAAAACAACAGAAAGACUCCCUCUGUUCAAUAGCCCCAACAUUUUCAAUUUCUGAAGAAGAAAAUGAAGAAGAAGAGGAAGACUCUUCUUCCAAUUUAUUCAAACAAUCCUCCCUUUUAAACAAACCUUUGCAACAAAGACGACUUUCUUCUGCCCGUUUUUCAAUAAUCACAUUUUCUGAAAAUAUUGCUUUAAUAUUACAAAGGGAGGGGGUUACGCAACAAGUAAAAGCGGCAAAAGCAGUUGCCUUAAUUUUGUGUUGUUUUCUGCUUUGCUGGUUUCCGUUUCUAAUUGUUUGGCCUCUUCGCCUAUUUCUUCCCCAUUUAAUUUCUGAUCGAGUUUUUCGUUUGUGUUUAUGGUUAAAUUAUUCCUGCUCAACAUUUAACCCUUUAUUAUAUGCUUUAUCUACUCCAAAAAUUCGUUCAAUACUUAGAAACAACGGGUUAUUACCCUGUAAAUUUAUUUCUGUUGAGGGAGGUUCUGGGAAGAACACGAGGAGGAGCAAUACUUGUGCUUUAGUCUAA